UUACCCCGCGAAAAGCCCUCUUUUCCAUUCUCUUACUCCUGCAGCAGAUGCUCUGUAUUGCGCGGUAAAGAGAGCGCAUUUUUUGUUGGCAAGUCCGCUGUUAGGUGGUCCGCUUUCGCUUUCUCUGCUUUCUUCCCCCUCCCAAGAGUCCUUCCUCCUUCUCGUCCGCCUUUGGAGCGAGCUCUUCGGCAGCAGCGCUUGAUAUAUGUGUAGGUUUUAGCGAGGUUUUUCUUCCGCAGCACGCUCUUUGCAUGCGUCUUAUAAUUCCUCCUCCUCCGCAAGUCCCAAGUCGUCUCGUCUCCGGAAAAUCGAUUCUUUGCGUUUCUUCCGCAGUUUCGGCCUGACUCAUGUCGUCUGUGUGAUUGCUAUCAUGCCAUCCAGCAGCGUUCGCUUUGCCUUGUUUUCCCUGUCUCUGUUUUCCAGCUGAGGAGCCGAGACAAGCGCUCCCUUGUCUUCUACAAAAAUUACUCUUCCAUAUCAGUGUCGUUCUUCAAAGGCUUUGCGCACUCGGGAGUUCCAUGAUGAAGCGUGGCCUGGGAAUUUGCUUCUCCUCAAUCACCCAAUGCAUGAUGUUGGCCUCCGGCGGUUUCAUAUCUGGCUGAAGAUUUCCUUUCCUCCAACUGAAGCUCCUCGCAUCCACAGCAAAGAAGUAUCCGUCCCAGCAUGCCGGCAAAGGAAUACGAUCCGUCCGCGUUACUUAAUGCCAAGCCAGGAAGUUGUAGCCCCUCCCCAUCGCAUUCCCGGAAAGUUUUCGAGAGCCUCUCUUCCAUGCUGGACAACUUCAAAUAUUGCAGGCCGAAGCAGGACUUCCAGCACAGCUUGGUGCCGCUCCGGAGCAGGAGGUCGGAUGCAUGGCCGCGAAACAGCACCAGCAGCAGCAACAGCAGCACCAGCACCAGCACCAGCAGCGGCAAGGACGAACAGAAGUUUCACAGAGAGGCGAAAGCUCGCCAUCGGAGGAGCGCUGAAUUGCAGCACCACUACAUGCUCCAUCCAAAUUCCGGUUAUCUGUUCGCCACGCCUAAGUUUGAAAAGGCCCGGAGCUCCCAGUCCACGGACGAGUCGGACGAAGUCCUGGGAGAUUUGCAGCCGGUCAUCGAGGAGCUUGGUUCCAGUAACUCGGCCAGCCGGAGGCAUGCGGCGGAGAGAGUGAGACGGCUUGCAAAGUCGAGCACCAGGAUAAGCAUGACGCUGGUGAAGAUGGGUGCAAUCACACCACUUAUCGCCAUGCUGGAUGCCUCCGCCAACGAUAAAGGUGUCCAACACACGGCCCUGCUUGCACUUCUCAGCCUCGCCAUCGGAACUAACGUGAACAAGGCUGCCAUAGUGACUGCUGGAGCCGUCCCGAAGAUGGUGAAACUUUCUCAGGAAUCGGGAGGAACAGUCCAAGAAGGCCUGGCAGCAGUCUUCCUCAGCUUGUCUGCUUUGGAUGUGAACAAGCCCGUAAUUGGACAUUCUGGUGCUGUCCCAGCUCUCAUCAAUAUCUUGAAGCAGGGAGCAAGCUUGAAAGCCAAAAAGGACGCAUUGAAAGCGCUGUGCAAUCUCUCCAUCUUCCACGGCAACGUUAAGGUGAUCGUCGACGCUAAUAUAAUCCAGUCCCUGCUAGAUAUGAUUUACCACCCCGAGCUUGUGGAAACGGCAGUAGAUCUUCUGGGAAAUCUAGCAGCAACUGAAGUAGGCCGGCGAGCUAUUGUCGACAAGCAAGACGCUGUCCUCAUACUGGUGGACGUUCUCGGCUGGGCUGACGCUCCACAGUGUCAAGAGAAGGCCGUAUCUGUCCUCAUGACCAUGGCGUACCGGAGCCGUGCGUUGAGACAGGCAAUUUCCCGUUGCGGAGCAGUAUCGGCACUCUUGGAACUGUCCAUAUUGGGGAGCUCUCUAGCACAGAAGGUAGCUGCAUGGAUCCUCGACUGUCUCAAGCAGGAUGACGACUUUGGCAGGAAGAGCUCGACUACGUUUCAUGAUGUCUUCUGCUGUGAAGACGCGCAACCCGGAAAGUUUGUCCAUAAAGUCCUUCAAAACCGCAACAUGAUGGCCAGAGAAGGCAUGAAUCCGCAACUUGGUCCUGGUUGUGAUAUUUCUGACCACUUCAUUUCAAUCACACUGUGAUUUUCAGCUCCGCUCAUCAUGUCUGGAAAGAAAAAAAAACAGCAUUUAAAAACAGGAGUCACGAGAAACAAAGCCAGAUAUUUCCUCAUACCCUCAAGAUAUUCCUGGAGGGGUCUCAAAUUCCUGGCGUCUUUUGUAAAUUGCAGAAUGAAUGUUCUUUCACCUGUGCAGUA